AGCCUCGCUUUCCCGCGGGGGCUCGCAGGGGCGGUGGGGCCUUCACCACAGCGGCCCCUGGGUGGGGACGGGGCGCCCGUGGUCCCGCCCGGGGGCGCCUGAAGACUUGGUCCGCAGCGCAGCCUGAGCCCCCUGCUCGCCUCACCUCACCUCUCCUUGCGGCGGGCACGUGGGCACACGAAGCAGCUCUUCUGCGAGGGGACGUGAGCGCAUGGUGGUGAGACCUGCUGGACCCUCGGACAGGAGAAGGGUUGCAUCCCCCAGUGCCAGGGACAGAUGAGAGAGCUUCGGCCUGUUCAAUUUGGAAACAGCAGUGCUGGAGGGGGAUGCAAUCAGGGUUUACUGCGAGAAAAUACUAAGCAGAAAAGAAAGUCGUUUGGGGUUUGCUGUUUGCUGUCUCACACUGCGACAACAGGGGGUCACAAGAAGCCUGUCGGCACUAAGGGCGCCUGUAGACAUGCCGGACGUCUGCUCUGAUGCUCUGUAGCUACAGCGAGUUGCAGCCGACUCAGUUAAUCGAGUCUGUUGGAACGCGCUAAUUGGCACCCUCCAGUAGCCCCGUGCUUCAAAAUGGCAGCAGGAGGCACUUUAAAGCUUGCUGAAUGAGCACCCCUGCCACCAUUUUGAAGUACAGGAUGCUGAAUACAGGAGAUGCUGCAGGCACUUUAGAGUGACCCCCGAGAGCUGCUCCGACUGAAGCACUGCCUCGUGUUCCCGGAGCAUGUGUAAAGAUGCCCUAAGUUUAAAGAUAACAAAAGGAAGUUUCUUUCCACGUGGCGUGUCACGAAAGUGUGGGUUGCUGCCACCAGCUGCUGUGGAAGAUGACAGUUUAUCCACGUUCAAAAAGGAUUGGACAAACUCUUGGAAGAAAGGGGCACCAGUAGCUGUUGGACAUGGGAGAGGGAUAAAGCCUCUAAAUCAAAACUUCCUAGGUCUUAUAUGCUGGAGGCUGCAAGUGGGAGAGGAACAGUGGAAGACAACCUUGGUCAUACCCAAUUCACUCUCCCUUUCUGCAUCCACUCUCUGUUACUCUGACCCAGGCCUAUUUGUCACCUUGAGGGUGCCACUUGGACACAGGAUGCUGGGCAAGAUGGACCUAGGGUCUGAGCCAGGAAAUGGCAGAUCUUAUACCUGUGUGGUAUUGAACAAAGCAGUUGCUCUUGCCUGUGGUAAUAUCAAAUCAGAGGAAAUGUAAUCCAGAUUGGCAGCUGGGGAUGGGGAUGAUUUAACUUAAUUUUUUGGACGUUCUUGUCAGAUGGAGAAGCCAUAGGGAACAGUAUCAUGGCAACAGAUUAUGAUAAUGGACUAGGACUACUUGAUAACCUUUAUGAUGAUUCCCCUUUUAGGGAUGAAGAUGAGAGCUCUGUGGAUAUUUAUGAUGGGUUGGACAAUACUUCAGCUGUUCCUGAUAAUCCUAUUCAACUGUCUUCACCAACCAAAAACUGUUUAAACUUGUUUGAUGAGAUCCUGAUUGAAGAAGGAACUGCGAAGGAAGCAUCUUAUAAUGAUUUGCAGGCAGAGUAUGGAAAAUGUCAAGAGCAGAUUAAAGAGUUGAUGAAGAAGUUUAAGGAAAUACAGACACAGAACAGCGUUCUACAAAAUGAAAAUCAGGCCCUUAAAAAGAAUAUUUCAGCACUUAUCAAAACAGCCAGAGUGGAAAUUAAUCGCAAGGAUGAGGAAAUCAGUAACCUUCACCAAAGGCUUUCAGAAUUUCCAAAUCAUCGAAGUAACUACACUAGAACGUACCUUCCAGGAUCUACUAAUGGAAGGUGCUCAGACACGUAUAAAUCAAAAGAUUCUAAUUUCAGAGCUGCUUCAGUUGAUAGUACAAGGUCAGAUCAUAAACUGAAAAAUGACUGUUCUAAAGAUGCACAUCACAAUUAUUCACCUCACAAUUCAGAGAACGAAAAACUAUAUUCAGAAAAAAGAACUACACCAUAUUUACUCAGAUAUCCUUCAGAUGAGCAUUGCAGUGAUGGUGCCCGUACACAUCCUCCAAACUCUGAACACUGUUCUGACAAGGAUAAUACGUGGGGAAGAAAGGAAGUGAAAAAUGGUGAACAGUAUAGCAGGGGAAAUGACAACAGACACAAAAGAGAUGCAUACCAGAACACUAGUAAUGGUACAGAUAGUGAACAAGGGAAUGCAGAUUCUCAUUGGAAGUUGCAAAUGCUUUCAGAGAAAUCAGAUAAAAAUGAGUUGCAGCAAGAAAGUAAGAACACAAAGCUCAAAUCUAGUCCAGCCACAGAAAACCGAACAGAUAGGUAUACUACUUGGGAGAAACAAGCCACCCCUAAGGAGAGAUCUCAAACAAGAGUUGAAUCUCAUGGUGAUAUAAGAAGUGAAAGGUCACAAAAUAUGAAUAGAAAGGACCUUAAAACAUAUGAUAAAGAUGAAAAAAACUUUGGACAGAAAAAUAAGUCAGUUGAAAAGCAAAAAGAACCACCAAGGAAGUUUGCUCGAGGCAAUAGUCCACACUCAAGGAGUGAAACUUCAAGGAGCUCACACAAAUCAAGUAAAUGCCACACGGAAGACUGUAAAAGAGGAAGGGAGACGGAUUGCAAGAGAGAGAGGGGAACAAGUGAUCAUAAUUCUCGAGAAGGAAGAUCCCCACUUUCUACUUCCAGCAGCAGAGAACACAAAUUCUCACACUCCAAGGAAAGUAGCCGGAGACAUGAAUGGGAAACGCAUUCAAAAUCUGAGAGACAUCGUACUGAAGAGAGAAGAAAAAGGGAGAAAGAAAGUCAGGAAGAAAGCAGACAUUCUAGAAGUGAAAGAAAAGUAACAAAAGAGGUUUCACAUGAGCCUUCAAAAGAAUACAAGAAAGCUACAGAUGCUACAAGAAACGAGAGAAAUAAAUUGCCUAGAGCAGAAGAAACAUCCAAAGUUGCAGAUGGCUUAAAAGAGCAAAUAGAUGCAAGUAAAGAGAAUCAAAUUGAGAGAAAAAACAAAGACCUAAAGCUGAGUUUUAUGGAAAAGCUAAACUUAACUCUUUCUCCUGCUAAAAAACAGUGUCUCUGUCAAACAGAUGUACUUGAAACAGAUUCCAAAAAGGUCAGUGAUGAAUGUAGUACAGAGACCCCAGUACAAGCAGAAAAUCCUGUAUUUGUCCAGUCUAGUAGUAUUGAUUCAACAGAGCAGACCAAGUCACCAUUACAGGCUCCAGACAAUACAGUUCUAACAAAUUUGGAACCAGUGGCACCUGUUUCUGAGUUCAGAGAGAAAAUUGAAAGUGAGACUUUAACAGAAACCCUGGAAGUGGUAGAAUCUGAGGCUUUGGCAGAAACUCUGGAGGGGAUUGAGUCUGAAUUACCUGUUGGUGAUACAGUGACCUUGCCUGAGUCUGGAAUAAGGAUGGAGGAGACAGAUAAAAUGUGCACAGCUCCUGAUUUAGAGAUCUGCGUAGAUCAAAAUCGACCUGAGAACAUUCCUUUGGAUGAGUUGGAGACCAUAACCUCUGAUAAUAUGGAGUCUCUCAGUGUUGCAGAGAAUAGAGAAAUGAAAUCAGACUCCUUAAUGGAGGUCAUGAAUGUGAGUGAACAUUUGUCUGGUGAAAGUUUUGCGUGUCCUGCUGAGGAAGACAGCAUCUCAAAAUCUGUACGGUACAAGAAUGAUAUAAAUAAAUCUGAGCCAUUUGAUGGUGAUGUUCCAGUAAUUGACCAAAAUACUUGUAACCUGGACCCAAAUUUAUGUGAAACAGAUGUAGGUGUAAUUGCAUCUUCUGUUGGUGAGGAGAUGGAUCCUAAAAUUCAAGAAAGAGAAAUCAAUCCAGUUUCUGCUGAAGAUGAGAGUUCAAUACUGAGCAUUGAUCUCAAUCACCUGAGGUAUAUUCCAAAGGCAAUCAGCCCACUGAGCAGUCCUAUGCGACCCUUGGCUAAAGCACUUAAGAUGGAAAGUCCUUGCAAAGGACUUGUGAAAAGCUGUAAUAAAGAUUUAAUUGGUGAAAAUGCAGUUGUCUGUUCCUCAAAGAACCUGUCAAAUGAGGUGAACAAAGAAAAUCAAAAGCCAGUUUCUACACCUGAUGAACACUUGGAGAUGGAGUCGCAGCUGAACACAUCCUCUGAUGAACUAGAAGAAGGGGAAAUUGUAAGUGAGGAUGAAAAACCUACACCAGCUAGAAACUGUGAAAAUAGUAAGAAAUCAAGAGCAAGAGCUUCUCCUGAAACACGUAAUUUGACCGGCAGUCCAUGUAACCAAAUGAAUAAAACUGCAUGUUGUACUGAAGAUAAUGGAAAAUUAGUUUCUGAAAAAGACAGCUUUAAAAAAAGUAGGGAAAAAUAUAAAAUCGGGACCAAAUCCUCAAAGGAAAUGAAAAAAAGUAAAACAGUGAGUAUUACGUGCCUUGAGAAAAUAGUUCAAGUUAUUGUUGAACCCUCUACGGUACAAGAAAUUAUGCAGAUGUUGCGAGCUAUACGAAAACAGAUAAGGAAAAAUUAUAUGAAGUUCAAGAUACAUUUCCCAGUUCAGCACUUUCACAGAAUUAUAGAAUCAGCCAUUUUGAAUUUUACAUCAUUGAUAAAGUACCUGAACUUUUCCAAGAUGUCAAAAUUAGGUGAUACUUUAAAAUUGAAUCUGUGUGACACUAUAGAAUCCAAACUUAAGCAAGUUAAAAAGAAUGCAACAGUAGAUCGUCUCUUUGAACAAAACCUAUCAGAUAUGAAAAAGCAGCUGUGGAAAUUUGUGGAUGAACAACUUGAUUACUUAUUUGAAAAGAUAAGGAGGAUUAUAGUAAAGCUUUGUGAUGCAGUAAGUGUAGGAAGUGAGAGUGAUGAAGGAAAGCUUGAAAUAGUAACUAAACAAAAACAUAAAAUGUCUUAUAAAGCGGAUUUACAGAAGUCCAAGAAAAAGGUCCUAAAAGCCAGAUCUCAAAAGCCUGAAGGCUAUGUCCAUUCUAAACCAAGUUAUCAAUCAUCUAAGUCUCACGAUGACAAAAAUAAAGUAGAUGCACCAAAAAGUGCAGUUACAAAAUAUUUUAAUGUCAUUGAUAAUACAAGGAUCUCCCAAACCAAAGUGCAGCCUCCAAAGGAAAAUGGCUUACAAGGUACUCUAACUCCAUUCAAAGGCACGAUAUUUGAAAAGGAAAGUUUACACAUAGCCAGAGAUGCUAACAAGUCUGAUUUUAGUUUUGAACUUCUCACAGAACAACAGACAUCUAGCCUUACAUUUAAUCUGGUGAGUGAUGCUCAAAUGGGUGAGAUAUUCAAAAGUCUGUUGCAAGGCUCUGAUCUUUUGGAAAAAAACAUUACCAAUAUUGAUAGAAAUCAAUGGGAGUUUCGGACACCAGAGAAACGGAUUCUAGAAAGUCAUAAAUACAGAAAUAAUCCUGUUCCUGUUAUAGAAGAAGUGCUUCCAAAGGAGGUCUGUAUGGAACCUCGACCUGUAGAAGACAUUAGUUGGCCUGUGGUUUCACCUGUAAGAGUCUCAUCUUUAUCAUCUAGACUUCAGAUCCCAGUUCAUCCAGAUAUUCUGGAUGAAAGCUGUAUGUUUGAGGUUCCCACAAAUGCAACUUCAGGCAAAGAUGAUGAAUGCAAUUUACAAAAGAAUAAGUCGGUUGUUUCCUCUAUCCUCCUUGAAGAUCUAGCAGUUUCUUUAACUAUUCCAUCACCUUUGAAAUCAGAUGCUCACCUUAGCUUUCUGAAACCUGAAAAUGUAUCCAGCUCCACUCCUGAAGGAGUUCUUAGUGCACAUUAUAGUGAAGAUGCUCUUCUUGAGGAGGAAGAUGCCACUGAACAAGACAUUCAUUUGGCUUUAGAAUCUGAUAACUCAAGUAGUAGAUCAAGUUGUUCUUCUUCAUGGACAGGUCGGCCUGCUGCUCCUGGCUUUCACUGUCACCCCAGCCUGCCAAUGCAAGCAGUAAUAAUGGAGAAAUCCAAUGAUCAUUUCAUUGUUAAGAUAAGGCGUGCAGUGCCGUCUACAUCGCACAUCCUUGAACAGACUACUCGAACAGAGGAGUCCCCGGCAACUGUAACAAAGAAUGAAAAGGAACUAAUUGAAUCUGCCAAAAUGAAAAUGGAUCAUCAGUGUAUCAUACGUGCAACUGUCAAGGAAACAAUAGAGCCUCGAAUACGUCUGAAUAACACUGAUGAGCUGCAUAAUGUCAACAUUGGACAAGAACAGAGUCCUGCUUUGCUUGAGCCUUUUAAGAAGCCACGUAAUGCUGUUGGAAAAGAAGAAAUUCCUGACUUACUUAAAUCCGUUAGUGAGCCAUCAAACAAAAAUAGCUGUAGAAAUAAAAAUGUAAGUGAAGACAGUAAGCUGCCUCAGCUUGAUGAACUGAAAGUGCUUGAAAGCACAAGUGAAAUAACUAUUAGAUCAGAAGCUGCUCUUCCCUUGGAAGGUGGUGUUGAUACAUACACGUGCUUGACAGAAGAUACUGGCAAUGAAAAUGAAUCAUAUUCAUGUAAUCUUUCUCUGGAAUCCACUUUAAAUCAUAAAAAUCCAGAAACUCAUGCAAGAAGUUCAAGUCUAGGUGAUAAAGAAGAACAUUCUGGGUGCAAUGUUAAAACAUACAUAGAUUUAACAGAAGACCUUUCCAGUGAGACCAUAGCAAGCAAGUGCAAUCCUGAAACCAAAUCCACUUCAAAGGUCAAUGAGCUGGGAUAUCACACAAGCCUUAAUGAUAAAGCUAGCAAAAAAAGGAAAAGGGAGUCUUUAGCAGACAGUUCCAACUCAAAGAGACAAAGAAAAGAAACUGAAUCUUCCAGUGAAGGAAAUGAUAAAAAUAGUAUGAUCUCUGGAGAGAGAGGUUUACCUCUCAAGACACCUACUAGUACAAAGAAUGAAUUGCCACAGUACAAAGAUUCUACAGUUUCCAGUUCAGCUUCUUCCACAUCAUCACUUGGUCUAUAUGCCAAAAACAUCAUUAAAAAGAAGGGAGAAGUUGUGGUUUCUUGGACAAGAAAUGAUGACCGAGAAAUUCUACUGGAGUGUCAGAAAAAAGGACCAUCAGGAAAAACAUUUGCUUCCAUAGCUGCUAGGUUGAACAAAAGCCCAAAUCAGGUUUCUGAAAGGUUCAAGCAGUUAAUGAAGCUGUUCAAAAAGUCAAAAUACAAGUAAUUAAUAAGGAAGCUGCUCUUGUUGUACAGGGUUUAGCUGUCAUCAGCAAUGAUGAACUGCACAAGUACACACGGAUUGUGGUACCACUGGAGGUAUCCAAGUCAGAAUACAGAGUUCAUUAAACU